AUGGCUGCUGCGGCCACUUCAAGGGCUUUUCUCUUCUCCCAUCACUACCAUAGCCUCCCAUUCUUCUUUCCUUCUUUCCUUACUGCAUCUAGGUUACCCACCCUUCACCGUAAUAACUUGCGGAACCCAAUCCUUCUCUCUAGCAUCAAGUGUUUGCAGUCCUCAUCUGGGCGUCAAAAUGUGGUUGAAAUUCUUGAAGAGAGGGGGUUGCUUGAAUCUCUAACCAGUGAGCAUCUAAGGCAAGCCUGCUCAGACCCCAGUCUCCCUCCUCUCAAAGUCUAUUGUGGGUUCGACCCAACUGCUGAAUCCUUGCACUUAGGUAACCUUCUCGGAAUUAUUGUUCUCUCAUGGUUCCAAAGAUGCGGCCAUCGGCCCAUCGCUUUGAUCGGUGGCGCCACAGCCCGUAUCGGAGACCCUUCCGGAAAGAGCUUGGAGAGGCCUGAGCUUGACCUGGACACUCUGUCUCUAAACACCUCAGGAGUUUCUAAUAACAUUACAAGAAUUUUGGGUGGGAUUUCCAUCUUGAACAAUUAUGAGUGGUGGAAAGAGGUUCGGUUGUUAGAAUUUCUGAAAGAUGUGGGUCGAUAUGCGAGAGUGGGAAGCAUGAUCGCGAAGGAGAGUGUGAAAAAGAGGUUGGAAUCAGAACAAGGAAUGAGCUACACUGAGUUCACGUAUCAGUUGUUGCAGGGCUAUGAUUUUCUCUACCUUUUCCAGAACGAAGGCAUUAAUGUUCAGAUUGGGGGUAGCGAUCAAUGGGGAAAUAUAACAGCAGGGACUGAACUCAUACGCAAGAUUCUUCGUGCUGAUGCUGCUGCUUAUGGCUUGACAUUCCCUCUUAUGUUGAAGAGUGAUGGAACCAAAUUUGGCAAGUCCGAAGAUGGUGCCGUUUGGCUUUCUCCAUCCAUGUUGUCUCCUUACAAAUUUUAUCAGUAUUUGUUCUCUGUUCCAGAUGCUGAUGUGGUCAGGUUCCUCAAGAUUCUCACUUUCAUGGACAUGGAUGAGAUCAAACAGUUGGAGAAUGAGAUGAAGGGGCCUGGAUACUUGCCCAACACGGCUCAGCGCAGGCUUGCUGAGGAGGUCACCCGUUUUGUACAUGGUCAAGAUGGUCUUGAUGAGGCCCUCAAAGCAACUGAGGCGUUGAGGCCUGGUGCAGACACUAAAUUGGACUGGAAAACCAUUCAAGCUAUUUCUGAGGAUGUGCCAUCCUGUUCUUUCCCUUAUAAUCAGGUCCUGGAUCUCUCUCUUGUUGAUCUUUCAGUGUCGUCUGGUUUGCUUGACAGCAAAUCUGCUGCCCGGCGUCUGUUGAAGCAAGGGGGGCUUUACUUGAACAACUCAAGAGUUGAUAAUGAAAAUAAGAGAGUUGAACCUCAAGACAUUGUGGAUGGGAAACUUCUCCUUUUAUCCGCGGGCAAGAAAAACAAGGUUCUUGUACAGAUAUUAAAUGACACCUGA